AUGACUGCUGGUUCAAUAUCUGCUCCGUCAAUAAUUCCAUUACGUGUUGGAUAUGCACAAAAAUUUUCCAUUGAUACAAAUACAUUGAUUGAAAUACGUAGUGAUACAAAUGAUGUUGAUAUUUAUUAUACAUUAGAUGGUUCAAAACCAGAUGCAUUUAUAACAUUAGCAACACGACGUUCGACUAUACAAUAUAAAAAACCAUUUUAUAUACCAAGAGAUAUAGCUAAUACAGGCAAAGUAACAGUUAAAGCUAUAGCUGUAUCACGUGAUGGAAUACGAGAAAGUGUUAUAGUAACAAAAAUAUUUGAUGUUAAAAUUAUUCCAUCAGAUCAUUCAUUAUCGGAUGAAUAUGAAAAUCGAUAUUUAUAUGAAUUACAACAAGAACGAAAGGAAUUAAUGAGAAAGAUGCAAAAUGAAAAUGAACAAAUGCAACAAAAAUUAUCUGAAUCAAUGCGUCGUUCAACAAUUGAUUCAUUAGUACAAGAAAAUCCAACUAAUUAUACAUAUUCAAAUUCUCAAAUACAAAUAAAUGUUUUAAGAUGUGCACAUUGUUUUGCACCUAAAUCAAAUGAUUUAUAUACACGAUUUUGUACGGAAUGUGGUCUACCUUGGCAAAAACUAACUCAUAAUCCACCGGAUAAUUAUUCAACUAAUAUAUGUACAAAUUGUAAAUCUACUAUUCCAUUUAAUUCUAACACAUGUGUUGUAUGUGAAACACCAAUAUCCAAAGAACCACAACAGCGACCAACUUCUCAAAAUCAGACAAAAAUUCUAUGUCCUCAUUGUAAAUCAACAAAUCCAAUACAUUUACGAACAUGUUAUAUUUGUGAAAAUGUAUUAAUGCCAACAUCAACACCACCAGAAAAACGAACUUCAAUUUCAAUUCCAACAAUAUCAAAACAAACAAAUACAAUGAUGAUAACAUGUUCAAAAUGUUUUCGUUUAAAUAAUCCUAAUGCUCGUUUUUGUGAUUGGUGUGGUGCAUAUCCUGAACAUAUAUCUACAUCAAUACAAUGUACAAAAUGUCAUACAAAUAAUGAUUCAUUUGCAAAAUUUUGUUCAUCAUGUGGAUGUGUUAUUGAACCACCAUUACGUGUUAUUGAUACGCGUCUUAAAAACGAUUUGAAUAUUUCAUCUUCAUCAAUGAUUGCUAGUACAUUAACACGUAAUUCAGUUAAUCCUGUAUGGCUUAAUGCAAAUACAUCAUUAACUAAUUAUCAUCAAUCAUAUUCAACAAUUAAAAAAGAAGCUGCAACACAAACAUAUGGAAUUUAUUAUCCAAGUGCAAAAGAUAUUGAUUUAAUUAUAACACAAAAUAAAAAAUUAUUAGCUGAAAAAGAAUUAAAAGAAUAUCGUCCAAUAUUAACAUCUACAAGUCCAGGAAAAGGAUAUUGGCGACAACAAUUAGAUCAUAUUUGUGCUCAUUUAAAAACUUAUGCAGUUAAUCGACCAGAUUUUCAAUCAUUGAUUGGUGAACCACGUAUGGGUAAUAUGAUUCAUGCAACUGUACAUGAAAAUGAAUAUCAAGUAACUAUACAAACAGUAUUUCGUAAACCAGAAAAUCUUUCACAAUCACCAUUUUUUAUUAAUGAAACAAAUGAAUAUUAUCCAAUAGAUAAUGAACGAAGUUUACCAUAUUCAAAUACAAUUUAUUCUGAUAAUGAAUAUCCAAGAGAAAAAUCACAACGAACAAAAGUAAAACAUCGUAAUAAAAAACGACCACAAUCAGCUAAUACUAUUACAAAAAAUAUUGAGAGUUCCACUCAUGCAUUAAUUCGAUUAUUUGAAAAAAAAAAUAAUAAUUAUAAUAAAAAAUCAUCACAUCAAAUCGAUAUAUUAAAAGAAGUUCAACGUUUAAUAAAAGAAAAAGCUGAUGUUAAUGUUAAAAAUAAAGAAGGUUAUACGAUUCUACAAUUGGCUAUACGUAAUGGAUAUUAUGAAUGUUUAGAAACACUUAUUAUAGAUGGAAAAGCUAAAUUAGAUAAAAAAGGACCACGAGGUAAUACAGCAUUACAUGAAUGUUGUUUAUUAGGACUUGACGGUGCUGAACCAUUAAGAAUUCUUCUCAAACAUGGAGGUGAUGCGUCUUGGUUAAAUGAUAAAAAUGAAAGUGUUACUGAUAUAGCAGCAAAACAAAAUUGUCCAGAAUUAUUUCAAGCUUUUUCUAAAUAUCAAAGUGAAAAAAUGCUUAAACAACAUAUGAAAAAUUCUUAUGAUGAUCAUACAAGAAUAAAAACUAUUCAUGAUCAUCAUUCAUCAGAAAAAUUAUAA